AUCGGAUUUGAUGGCCAUAUAAGGAAGACAUAGAAAUGGAUAUUUCAAAACACAAUAUUGUGUGACAGUCAUAGAAUACAUCCAAGUCAGUUUGCGAUGCUCAAAUAGUGAAACAUUAUACUUAAAACGAUGAACUUAUGUUAAAGAUUAUUAAUUAUUUAUGUAUCGAUAAAAACAACUUUAUUGAUUCAUGUCCAACUACAGUAAUCGUUCCAUCAUAUAAUAUUCUUUAGAACGACAGAUAUGAUUUCUUUCGGUGUAAAGAGUUUCCUGUUGAUUGUGGUGUCUCAAAUGGCAACGGCUAUAGUUUACAACAAAAGCCAUGAUAUAAGACUCCAUGAUGAUUUGUUGCGGUAUUAUUUGCCAACAUCUCGGCCGGGUUUGGAUAUUGAUGCGAUAGCUAAUAUCACAAUGGAUAUUGCGAUUAACCAAAUUAGGCAACUGGAUGUCCGUAAUCGUGCCUUGCAUUCAUUUCUCUGGUUCCGGACAUUUUGGAAUGAUCCCCGUCUGCGAUGGGACCCAAACGAUUAUGGGAAUAUUGAGGAAAUGCGUUUUAAGAAAAAUGAAAUUUGGCUGCCUGAUAUUACGUUAUUCAACAAUGCAGGUGAUGACCCAUCAGACCUUGAACAUUUCAGUGAUUUAGACAUCACAGUGUGGCAUUCUGGGAAUGCAAGAUGGCUCGUACCUUCCGUGGCAGCUACAUCAUGCAAUGUUGAUAUUGCAUAUUACCCAUUUGACACGCAGUACUGUUAUAUAUUCCUAGGAUCAUGGAAUUAUGCAAUGGACCAGCUAGAUAUAUUCCCACUCAACGCCACUGGCGACAAAUCAAACUUCGUUCUUCACGGCGAAUGGGAACUAAUUGAUUUUCCUGUCUCGAGAAGGGUUAAAACAUACGCUUGCUGUCCUGAUUCAUUUUCGGAUCUUAGAUUUACGAUAGUGCUCAAACGCAAGCCUAUGUUCUAUAUUUACAACAUCAUUGUGCCCUGUGCCUUGUUAAUGACCAUUAGCAUCGUUGGGUUUCUCAUGCCCAUCGAAGCUGGAGCACGAGCACAUUUAUCCAUUAUGGUUCUGUUAUCAAUGAUCGUCCUGCAAUUGACUAUUUCUGAGAGUAUCCCGACACAAUCAGAUGUCAUCCCCAUGUUGAGCCAAUAUCUCGGCUUUAUCAUUUUUAUUAUGUGCUUGUCCGUGUGCCUUACCAUCGGGAGCCUCAACAUUCACUUUAAUGGCACACAUGGUAAACCCGUCCCUGAGUUUAUAAAGCGGAAUAUCAUUCAACGUCUCGGCAGAGUUCUGGGGGUUCGCCCAGUGAGCCACAUGCAGGGUAAUAUUACUAAGGAGAAAUAUGUUCAGAAAGUUUCCGAACAAGGGAUCAAUCUUGGGUUUAUCAAUGGUGCAGAGUCGCAGGCCACAACGAGAACGUCCAAUCGUUAUGGACACUCUGAUCCCACAAACGCUCACAAUAGUACAAGAGAUGAAACCUUGGAAGUCCUACAGUUUCUGAAAACUGAGAAACAGCGUAAUUUGGAUGCUGUUGCCAAGCAACAGAAUGGUCUGAAUUCUAAGAUGGAGUGGGCAAAGUGUGCAUUGGUUAUGGACAGAGUUGUAUUUCUCAUAACUCUUAUAUUCAGUUUGACUGUUUGUUUAGUGAUUUUCCUCUAUUAGUGAUUUUCCUUUAUUAGUGAUUUUCCUCUAUUAGUGAAUUCUGCAAUUUACUUAACAAAGCAUAAUGGUGAAUCUACAAUUUUUAUAAUUCAAUAUGAUAAAUGUAUUAUAUACGAGU